AUGAGGAAAUGUCUAAAAGAGCAGAACUCACACACACAGAUAUCCAAAUCAGUGGCGUCUGUGUUGUUGACGUUUAAGUGGCAUAAAGUGGUUCUCUUGUACUCCAAGAGCUCAGACCGAGACUUCUCAGCAGUCGCGCGAACCAUACAAAACACAUUACAAAUACAUAACAUCGAUGUGACGCGAGUGAGCACUUGGAGCGAUACCUUUCACUACGGAUACACUGAAAACCCAUUUCAAAGGAUUGUUGAACAGACUUAUCAGACAACAAGAAGACUACUGAACGAUGACUUUGAAAUCAUAGAAUUGGCUGAAAAGUCAUUUCAGUCAUACAUAGGAGUAGUGCCGACGCCUCCCAUUGAAUUUGAGAAGUUCUCGUUUAAAGUGAACCAGUUCAUGCAAUUGCCACCUUUCAACUUCCCUAACCCCACGUGGGAAUGGGGAGGGCUUAAGAGAGUUCCGGCAGAAGGGGCUUAUCUAUACGAUGCCGUCUAUGUAUACGCCAGAGCUCUUAACGACACCCUCAAAAAUAAUGGAAAUCCUUUCGAUGGAAAACUCAUCUUUAAAUAUAUAAAGAAUAGAGAAUAUAGAAGUCAGUCUCCAGUAUAAUAUAAUUGAUAUG